AUGGCAGAUGCUCGUGUAUCUAUCGAAUACAAUGGCGAUCAACAGUUUUCCCAUCGCGCAAUCGACAACGGCAAUCCAACUGUUUACAAACCUACAUGGCUAGUAAUCGAUGACAUCAACGUUGACCUCAUCUCCUACUUUGCGCUUGUCACUAUCGUAGUCUCCGUCUUCUUCUUCGAUCUCCCGGUUGUGCUAACUCUUCCGGUGGCAGCGGCCUUCCUCCUACCAUUGCGCCUUUCCCUUCCUAGACCUAAACGACCCCAGGGUCUCGUGUGA